AAGUGCAGAAGUUGUUGUUGUUGUUCAGGAGCUGAAGCCGACUGUUUGAGAACAACCUCGGAAUAUAAAGUAGGACAUUUGACUUUUGUGUAUUUAAAUACUUUGAUCAGCAAAUAGUGUUUCGUUUCGUUCAUGGUAAUGGCUCUGUGGCAAACUAUGUCAAAAAUUUUUCUUCUCCAAACUCCUCAGAGCUCCCUUCAGACUCCUAAAUCACUACAUACGUUCUUGUAAUAAAAACAAUUCCCAUACAGUGCCUGUAUCGGUUUCUAUUCUGCUUCUUCCCUUCUGAUGCCCACUCUGAUCAGGUGAUGGCUGAACCCAGGAUGUCUUCCAUUGACGGGAAGUUGGCUGAAGAAUUUGCUGUUCCCUCCCACGUGGAGGAGGUCAAAGAGAAGAUGACUGCCUUCGCCACACUUCAUGCUGCAGCGGGACGCGGUGUGGUUCUCAUCACAUCAGGAGGCACCAAAGUGCCUCUCGAGUCACGCACUGUUCGCUUCCUGGAUAACUUCAGCAGCGGCAGACGAGGAUCCUGCUCAGCAGAGUAUUUCAUAGACUCGGGCUACGCCGUCAUCUUCCUACACAGACAUCGCUCCCUCUACCCUUACACACGCAUGUUUUCAACCAUGAACAUGCUGGAUGCCCUGACGUUCAGAAGUGGAGAGGGAGCAGCUCGUGACUCCGGUGACGUGGUGGUUAACCAGCAGGUGCUUCCUAACAUUGCCAAAGUGCUGAAGAGAUACCAGGAAGUGAAAGAAGGCGGUCUCCUUCUGCCCAUUGAGUUCAGCACUCUGUCUGAGUAUCUGCACCUUCUCAAAGCAGCAGCUCAGUCUCUCAAUACAAUAGGAGCCAAGGCCAUGUUUUACUUGGCUGCGGCUGUGUCUGAUUUCUAUAUCCCAGCAUCCGAGAUGCCGGAACACAAAAUUCAGUCUUCCAAUGGACCUCUUCAACUCAGCCUGAACAUGGUCCCAAAGAUCCUGUCCCCGCUCGUAAAGGACUGGGCGCCACAGGCUUUCGUCAUAUCAUUUAAACUGGAGACAGAUGCCACCAUCCUGCUGGACAAGGCUCGACGGGCGCUGGACACCUACAGGCACCAGGCGGUGGUGGCCAACGUGUUGGACUCUAGAAGGGGUUACGUGGUGGUGGUGACCCGUGAGAGUAAGGCGGAGCUGAUCCUCUCAGAGCAAGACAUGAGGAAUGAGGUAGACAUAGAGGAGAGGAUAGUCAGCAACCUGACUUUGGCACACAACAAGUUUAUAAGCCAACAAGGGGGGUGACCUUUAGUUACCUACACUGCAUGUUUGAGUCAACCACACAGCAUUAGUUGUCUGCUCUCUUAUCUGAUCCCGUACUUGGCUUAAGUCAUACUAGCCUGUUUAGCUGAGACGUUACUGUAAUUGCAGUAUGUUGUUGGGUUGAAUAAUCUUAGUUAUCAUCAGAACUGUACUCACAUUAUGCCUUCCCUUGUCAUUUAAUUGUGCUCUCAAAAUGGACCUCAGAGAUUUCUAUUAUAUAUAUCUAUAUACCGUAAAUAAAUUAAAAAAGCUGUGUCUGUGUAGGGACAUAAACAGUCUAUUAAAAGUUUGUAAUAUGUUUAUUUACGUUCAAAUGAUCAGAACAGAAAAACAUUUUGUUUUUUUAAAUCAUUAUCUGACAGUUGAUUCAUUUAGUUGUAUGCUUUACUACAUGAGUCACCAAUACCAAUAAACAUUUAAAAGUA